CCGGGGGCCGCCGCGGUGGCGCCGCCGCCCAAGAUCUCGCCGCCGUGGUCCGACCUGUACCACAACCCCCACCACCACCAGCACGCGCACCACCACCACCCGCACCAGCUUCACCACGCGGCCGUGCAGCAGCAGCAGCAGCACCACCCGCAGCAGCACCACGGCCAGCCGCACCAGCCGCCCCCGCCGCCGCCCCACCCGCACCAUCCCCACCACCACCAGCACCACCAGCACCACAACCACCACCAAGCCCAGCACCCGCACGCCCAUCAGGGCUCUCCCCACCUCGACCCCGGCAUGAGUUCCUAUUUCGCCAACUCGUACAUGCCCGACCUGCGCAACGGCGGCGUCGUGCCCGCCGAGCACCCGCACGCGCACUACGGCGCCGCCGUGCAGCAAGGCCCCGGAGGCGGCGCCGACCCCAGCUCGGGGGCGGGCGCCGCCUCGUGGGGCGGCGGCGGCGGCGGCGGCGCCGGGGCGCAGCAGCCGCCUCAGGGCAUGCCCUACCCGCGCUUCCCUCCCUACGACCGCAUGGACAUCCGGAGCGCCGCCUACUACGGCGCGCAGCAGUCCGGCGGCGGCGGCGGCCUCGACGGCUCGCCCGGGGGCGGCGGUGGCAACGGGGGCGGCGGGGGCGGAGGCUACCGCUCGGGUUCCCCCAUGGGUGGUGGCGGGCAGACCCCCGUCGUGUACGCGAGCUGCAAGCUCCAGGCGGCGGCGGCCGCGGCGGCCGCGGCGGCGGCGGGGAACGGGGGCGGGGCGGGCGGCGGGGGCAGCCCUCCGCUGGACGUGCCGCCUCACCAGCACCAGCACCACGCGCACCACGCGCCGCCCCACCUGCAGCAGCAGCAGCAGCAGCAGCAGCAGCUGUACGCCGACCCGGCGCCGCAGCAGCAGCAGCAGCAGCCGCCGCCGACGCAGCAGCCGCCGCCGGUGCCACCCCCGCACCAGCACCAGCCUCCGCUGGGCGCCGGCGUCCCGCCCCCCGGCCACCAGCACCAGCACCAGCACCCGCAGCAGCAGCAGCAGCCGCCCCCGCAGCAGCACAACGGCAGCCCCGCCAACACGCUGCCCAGCCCGCUCUACCCCUGGAUGCGAAGCCAGUUCGAGCGCAAGCGCGGCCGGCAGACGUACACGCGCUACCAGACGCUCGAGCUGGAGAAGGAGUUCCACUUCAACCGCUACCUGACGCGCCGCCGGCGCAUCGAGAUCGCGCACGCGCUCUGCCUCACCGAGCGCCAGAUCAAGAUCUGGUUCCAGAACCGCCGCAUGAAGUGGAAGAAGGAGAACAAGUCCAAGCCCGACGCCGGCCAGAAUGGGGACGGCAACGCCGGCUCCGACAUCACCCCGCAGACGUCGCCGCAGUGAGCGGGCCGCGCGCCGACCACCCUCCGCCACGCACCUCCGGCCUCCGCACAGAGGAAUUCGCCCUCCCCUCCCCCCCGCCCCGCCCCGAACCCUCUCAGAAGCUGUUCCCGCAGAAAAGUAUUAUGACGUCCACCCUCAUGUGCC